AUGGAAAGCCCUGUCAGAGAGCAACCAAAAACACCCUUAGAACAGACGCUGCAGGAGCGCCUGUCUCCCCUAUCGGAAGUAUUCACUGGAGAGCAGUUGAAAACAUUGUCGGCGGUCAUGACCGCUUUAUCAGAAUUACCGGCCGGACAGCAGCCAGGUUCAGUCGGCAGUCUAAGAAAGACCAAGUCGGCAAAUCCCCACCUACAUGUUAGGGAUCUCUUAACAGCCCUGAAUCAAGAAAACACCACGGAAAAAAGAAAACGCUCGGAUCCGCAAGAAACGGAAUGGCAUGAAACAGAGCAACACCCCACCAUAGAAUAUGAGCGAAGAGCGCCGGUGCUACAAGUAGCUAGACGGCAGACAAUCCAGCCAAAAGAUUCUCCCCUGUGCCGAGAAAUCCUAGAAGAAAGGAUGGAGAAGAUAAAAAUCCCGACAGGAAAAUGCGAUGGGACAACGGAUCCGGAGGAUCACUGCACCACGUUCGAACAACACAUGAUGCUGUACACAGAUUCUGACGCCAUGUGGUGCAAGGUGUUCCCAUCCACACUCUUAGGAGUCGCAGCGAGCUGGUAUAAGGGUAUAGAGGCUCAGUCCAUUUACGGCUUUAGACAACUGCAGGCGGCAUUUUUGUCACGCUUUGUGAGCAAGCAGAAGAGAAAGAAAUCGUCGGGAGAGUUAAUGUCGUUCGCUCAAAGAGAUAGAGAGCCGUUAAGAGACUAUCUCACCCGCUUCAAUAAAGAAUCAAUCACUAUCCCCAACCUACAGCAGGAGGUUGCGGUUCUGGCUUUGAUGAGGGGAAUGCAAGAGUGUGAAUUCAAGAAGUACCUCAGCCGGAAAUCAUACACUAAUCUGGGCGAUGUCCUACAUAAGGCAAAUGAGUACAUCAGGGGAGAUGAAAUGAUGAAGAUCUCCAAUGUAGCAAUGAAAGGGGGUUUUGCGAAUUGCAGUAGGAAGUUGAAGAGGUGCAAGUCCAAUUCUGAAUUUCGUGUUCGUAGUAAACUCGCGCAUCGUUUAAGUCAUGACUUUGAUGUGAGGGUGUUGGACACUGAUAAGUGUCAAUUGAUUGAUAUAUUUCUGGAUAUUUUUGAGGAGUCAAGGAAGCAAAAUGUGUUUUUGCCUGAGAAGUUUAGGUUGUACACUAACUCACCCACUGGGAGGGUAGAAUUGGUUGAUGAUAGUGUUAUGAUUAGAAUGUGGGGGUGGAAUAUGGGCAAGGACACAGUAGAAUUGUGGAUAGAGGAUUCAGAUUCUCCAGGGCUAGCUUUUAGGUCUGCUGUAGCUCUACUUGAUAUGCAAAGGAAGGAGUUGGAAAAAAAGUUAAGGGAGAGACAGGAAGAGCUCUUGAGGAUGCAAAGAGAGGCUGAAGAACAGAGGAGGAAAGAAGAGGAAAAGGAGAGGUGGUGGAUGUUGAGAAUGAUGGGGUUGAGUGUUUCCUGGCCAAUCUCAACCACAACCACAAACACAAGACUCCCCCCUCCAAAGAAACCUACAAAGUCUAAACCUAGGAAGAAAUUAACUCCUAAAAAGAAGAAGACACCAAAAAAUGCCCCCCCAAAACCAACUAAAACCACCACCACCCCAGAAUCAACAACACAAACACCUCCACCCCCUCCUGAGUCAAGACAACAAACACCUCCACCCCCUCCUCAGUCAAGACAACACACACCUUCACCCCCUCCUCAGUCAACACAACAAACACCUUCACCCCCUCCUCAGUCAACACAACACACACCUUCACCCCCUCCUCAACAAACACAAACUGAAAAUGCUGCACCAACUGAACCACAGGCAAACAUACCUGAACCUAGUGUUCCAUCCAAACCAAAAAAGACAGGGAGAGCUAGACCUAAGGGGUUUAGGGUGGGAAAACCAACACUGGUAAAACUGGGAACAUAUGUUGCUAAAACCAAUGCUAGUAAGGUUAAGAGAGGUGCUGGAAGGGCAUGUAAAGGCAAGGGUGUUGCUGUGUUAUCUGAUAAUGAGGAUGAUGAGGACAGUGAGGAUGAUGAUUAUGAGGGGGAGGUGAGUGAUGAUGACAGUGAGGAUGAGGAGGACAUAGGGGAUUUCAUUAUUGCUGAGGAAGGGUUAGAGGACUUGCAGGAUGAUAUCCCUGAGAAAACAUUUGAGGAUUGUCUUGAUGGUAGUGCUAGGAUGGACAGGAAUUACAAAAAUGGGAAGGUUUAUGUUGAGCAACCAUAUGGUUCUAUUAGGCUAGAGCCCUGGCUAAUAUUUAAAGAUAGGGAGUCCUUUAUGAAUGUCCUUAUGGACUACUGCAUUCAGGAGGGGUUUGGCUUGAGUGUGGAGAAGUCAGACAACCUGAGAUACACUGCUGUUUGUGCAAUUGAGGGCUGUGAUUGGAGAAUUCAUGCCUCAAAGAUGGUAGACAAGUUCAGUUGGGCAAUAAAGUGUAUGAGUGGGGAGCACAAACUGUGUGGUAGGCUUGAGGUCAACCCAAUAGUGACCACCAAUUGGUUGGUGAGGAAGUUGUUGCCAGACAUUGAGGCAAACUUAGAAAUACCAGUGGUCACACUGCAGAGGUAUGCUCAGGAGAGGUUCCAGAUUGAGGUGAAGCUAAGGCUAUUCUAUAAGGUGAAAGCAGUGGCUAAGGAGAUCAUCCAUGGUAGUUUUAGUGAGUCAUAUGCACUCCUACCUAGGUAUGCAGAGAUGAUCAAGGAGACUAACCCUGGGAGUUAUGCACUGGUCACAUGGCAUAGUGUUUCUGGGGAUGUGCAACCAAAGUUCAAGGCCUGUUUUUUCUCAUUUGCUGCACAGUUCAGGGGAUUUCUGACUGGGUGUAGGCCCAUUAUUGGAAUUGAUGGCUCUCACCUAAGUGGGUAUUUCAAGGGAAUUCUUCUGGCUGCUUUGGGGAUUGAUGGAAACAAUGAGAUUUUCCUGCUAGCUUAUGGAGUGGUGGACACUGAAAGUCAAGAGAGCUGGAACUACUUCAUGAGGAACCUAAGGGCAGUGUUUCAGCAAGAAGGAUGCAACAGGGAUGACUGGACCUUCAUCAGUGACAGAAUGAGGGGGGUGGAUUUAGCUGUGCAUGAGAACUUCCCAAGGGCCACCAGAAGGUGUUGCAGUCAACAUCUAUACAUGAAUUGCAAAAAUGGUGGUUGGAGUGGAGAACUUUUCCACAAGUUAUUCUGGAUAGCUGCAAAUGCCUUCAACCCCUAUGUUUUCAACAAGGCAAUAGAGAAGAUCACUGACUUUGAUCCCAAUGCAACAAAGUACUUGGACACAUGUACUGAGCAGUGGUCCAGACAUCAGUUUGACCCAGAAGUUUGUUGUGAUCAUAACACAACUAACUUUGUGGAAUCAUUCAAUGCUCUGACCAAGCCUUACAGAGAUUUACCAGUUUUGACCCUGUUUGAAGCAAUAAGACAAUGGGCUAUGCAGAGAAUUGGGGUCAGAUUUGACAAAGCUGUCAACAUGGAACCUCACCAAUUAACCGAGUAUGCCAGACAGGAACUUGAGCUCAGAGGUGCAGAGUCCAGGUUUUGCUACUCUACUCCUUGUGGAGGUGGGGAGUAUGAGGUGAGGGAUGGAAAUGUGCACUUCCCAGUGAGGAUUGACACCAGGAGAUGUGGAUGUGGGGUAUGGCAGGUCUCUGGAAUCCCUUGCAAACAUGGUUUGAGGGUGAUUUACAACCAAAGACUUAGCCCUGAAGAUUUUGUGUCUGGCUAUUUCAAGGGUGCUGCCUAUAAGCAGACAUAUGCAGAGCAUAUGCACCCAAUGCCUGACCCCAGUCAAUGGCCAGAGUACUCCCUUCCCACCAUUAAUCCCCCUGGGAUCAAGAGGAGUGCUGGAAGACCCCCUAAACAGAGAAAGAGGAAUGCCAUGGAAGCUAAGAAGAGGAAGAGGCAUAGCUCAGUCAAGUGUGGAAAGUGCAAGGAAAUGGGCCACAAUGCAAGGACUUGUAAGAAUGGUGCUGGAAGUUCCAAGGCUCCCCCAAAGCAGAGAGCUCCUACAAAGAAGAGGAAGGCAUCAUCUGAUGGUGCAAGUACAUCCAAGGCACCACCCAAGGGGAAAAGGUCAAAGCAAGCAUGAGGCAGUGUGAAUUUUGGGGGGUAGAAUGACUUUUUGAUUUGGAUUAACAUAGAAAACAACAGCACAUGUAAAUGGUGCACAUAUUUUUUGUAAAGUAAGCUAAAACAGGAAUGCUUCCCAAAUGUGGGUUUUUUGUGCAUAUGUAAUUAUGCAAAAACAAGUAGUUGUUCUUAGAUUGUUUCACUUCAUUAUUACAAAAAGUAAGAUUACAAACAUCAAUAUUCCCAUUUGAAUUACAAGAUUCACUACUUUCUGUUGUUGUUUAAGCUUCUUCUUCAUUUGCUUCAAUUCUUCUUGCAUCUUACUUUUCCCCCGAUUUUCAACACUUUCUCCUUCAUCAAUGUUUCCCCUGUUUUCUUGCUCAACUCUACCCUUACACCAUCUAAGAUUGUUGCAUGGAUCGCACUUGUAGUAUAGCCUUUGUGGGUUGAGUGUCGUAUCGGAGCUCCGGAUUGCAAAUUUCCUCCCACAAUAACAAAAUUGGUU